CUCCAGCGCAAUGCCCCCCUUUUCCCGGGUCUCUGGCCAAUGCCGAAGUACGAUGCCAAGACGGAGCAGCAGUUGGACGACUGGGUCACUGCGAAGCGCAACAAAGAUUUCGCCGCCGCCGAUCAGAUCCGCGCUGAUUUGCGCGCAAGGGGCAUCGAUCCGGACACCGUGCGGCCCCCUGGCCACGACAAGACGGUGGACCCCGAAAUCGAGCGCAAGCUGGACGAGUGGGUCGCGGCGAAGCGGAACCGGGAGUUCGACACCGCGGACGCGAUCCGCGUCGAGCUCCGCGCGAAGGGCGUGGACCCGGACGUGGUGCGGCCACCGGGACGCCCGGACCCGGACGUGGAGGCGAAGCUGGACGCCUGGGUCAACGCGAAGCGGAACAAGGAUUUCUCGACCGCCGAUGCCAUCCGCCAAGAGCUGCGCGCCAAGGGCGUGGACCCCGACACGGUGAGGCCGCCAGGGAUGCCCGACGCGUGCCGACCAGGGCAGAGCGGCGGGGGUUCCGCACUGGGCGGCGGCUGGGGCACAACCUCAACGGGCUCGGGGUGUGGCGGCCGUGGCUGCGGCUGGGGCAUGGGCUCGGCGUGUGGCGGCUGCGGCAUGGGCUCGGGGUGCGGCGGCUGCGGCAUGGGCCUGGCGUGCGGCGGCUGCGGCAUGGGCCCGGCGUGCGGCGGCUGUGGCAUGGGCCCGGCGUGCGGCGGCUGCGGCAUGGGCUCGGCGUGUGGAGGCUGCGGCUGGGGCUCGAUGGGCUCGGGCUGCGGCGGCUGCGGCGGCGGCAUGGGCUCGAUGUGCGGGGGAGGCGGCUGCGGGGGAGGCGGCUGCGGGGGAGGCGGCUGCUGGGGCUCGGCGUCCAUGGGCGGCUCGCCGUGCGGAGGCGGCGGCUGGGGCUCGAUGGGCUCGGGCUGCGGCGGGGGCGGCUGUGGCUCGGCGGCGAUGGGCUCGGGCUGCGGCGGCUGCGGCGGCUGCGGCGGCUGCGGCGGCUGCGGCGGCUGCGGCUGGGGCGGAUGCGGCGGCUGCGGAGGAGGAUCUCUGUCACAGGGCUCGGAGUUCAUGUCGCAGGGGGCCGCCAACCGCGGUGGCCCGGCCCGCUCGACCAGGCAGCCCAACCAGGAGGAAGAGAGGCACGCGCGGCACCCCGCAGCCACCCGCCUAGAAAGUGUGAGGAAGGCCGAGGUCGUCGUCGUCGCCCCCGAGGAGCACGUGGGCGCCGUCCGGCGGGUAGGGG